CUCGGCAUCCCUCCCAGCGCAUCUCAUCACCCAAAUCUCCAAUAUCCAGAACAAUGUGCGCUCCACCAAGACUCAAGUCAGAUUAUAUCGCUUCAACAACUUCAAUUAGACAGUCGAUUCUCUAUUCAUCAAGAUUCAGGCUUCAACCGCGCCAUUCCCUUGUGACAUCGAUACUUUCCCUUCCAUCUCCAUCAAAUUCCGAGCUUUUUCGCAUCAACCAUCACGAGAGACUGAAACGAGAUAUUCAGUUGAAUCUACCACUUAUAAAACGUCGCAAUGGGUUGGUUAUGGUCUUCAACACCUUCCAGCGAGGAUAAGUCAGCUGUGCCAGUCACGGAGACACCUCCUGUAACAUCAACAACCACAACCACAACUUCAGAUCCUUCAACAUCAGCCCCAUCCAACUCAAAUACUGAUCCCGAAAUCCAAAAGUUCAUCGACCUAUUUGAAGCUGAGAAGAACGCCAAACCCUCCACAACAGAAGACCAACAACAACAAACCUCCUCAUCUUCCAAAAUACCAUCAUGGCUCUCUCUCAAGAAAUCCACGCGCUCAUCCGCCCCUACGCCCGCCGAUAUUCCUCCCCGCGACGCUCUCUCCGAAGCCCUGCUCCCUACAGACAUGUCCUGUCGUCAGGCCUUCGACCAAGCAUGGGCAUGCAACUCGAUGGGUGGACAAUUCAAUGCCGUGUAUCGCUACGGUGAGAUGAGGUCAUGCAGUGAGCAUUGGGAUGACUUCUGGUUCUGCAUGCGUACCAAGAGUUACUCUCCUGAGAUGCGGGAGAAGGCUAUCAGGGAUUAUUAUCGUGCGAAAGAGUUCACAAAGUACGGCCCCGGGAAACCGAGUAGUGAAGAUGUCUGGGAGAGUAGAGAGGACAAGGUACCAGAAGGGACAGUAUUUAAUGAGCCUGUUGAGCCACGAAAUUGAUCAACUUACUCUUGUAUUAAUAGAAAAGCUCCCAGUAUCUCAAACAGGAUCUGUUAUUAUCCUCGAGCGGCUGCCAGAGGUUGCUACCUUUUCCUGAGAAUGUGGUUCGAAUCUUCCAGACCAUUCAAAGACUUCGCUACAGCGUGUUGUCAACACAACAAUGAUACUUAUGAUAGAUAGGUGCCGGCAACAUGUUAAUACCUCUUCGUAUUUAUGUCGAAAUACGUUCUUCAGAUCCUUCUUGGACGUAUUCACGUGAGCCCAGACAUCAUC